UAUGCCUACUACAUCAUCUACUAAUCUUGGUCAAAUAGCUUCUGGGACAACAGCAGGAUUUGUAUGCAAUGCAGGAUUCAUCCAGUCAGGCAAUCCCUCUGCCUCUUGCAAUAAUGGAGUAUGGAGUCAACCCCUUGGUAUUUGCCAAGCUUCUGGGGGCUUUGGCAUAGGAACGACCUUACUGCCUGGAGGUAUAUCUUCAGGAGGACAGUGUGCAGCAAUAAUUCCACCAGCAUUUGGGCAACUAAGCUAUAAUGCAGCUGGCCAGACAAACACUGCAGGAAUACAACAACAACAACAACAAUUCGGCCCGUUCACUACUGGGACAACGGUUCAACUGAUUUGCUCUUCUGGAACGUAUUCUAGUGGAACGAGUCAAGCAACCUGCUCAAACGGUCAAUGGAUACCUAACCAACUUGGACAGUGCCAAAGUACUGGAUUGGGUGGUGUUGGAGGUAUAGGAAGUGGAGGAAGUUGCGCACCUCAAAUAACUCCUGCAAAUGGUCAAAUAAUUUAUAGUACAAUUCUACAGGCUGGGCAAACAAUGUAUUCAUCAGGGACCACUGCUACACUGAGUUGUUUAUCUGGCAGUCCACCGUUAAAUGGACAAGUUUCCACAUGUCUUAACGGCUUUUGGACACCUUCAUUAGGCAUAUGUUCAAUCACUGGCGGUACAGGCAUCUUUCCUACAUCCUUCCCAGGAGGGACAAGUUUUGGGUCAACCUGCCUUUUUGGAAUGAUCCCACCUUUGGGCGGAACAAUCCAAUAUAGUGGUGGUUCUACACAACAAUUAGGCAGUGUUGGGACGUCUACUGGACCGCCAUAUGCUGAAGGAACAACAGCUACACUAGUCUGUCAACAAGGAGUACCUAGUGUACCCAGCGCAGUCUGUACACGAGGCACAUGGCAACCACCAAACCUCACAGGGUGUAGUGGCAGUCUUUUUGGUGUUACUCCAUCAAUUAUUUCUGGAUUUGGGACACAAACUGCUGGGCAAUGUCUUUUGGGAUUGGUUGCUUUGGGAGGCACAGUAUUCUACUCAAACUCGGGCGCUAACAGCGGUGUCAGUAACACUGGAACGCUUGUUGGCAGUGUCAAUACAAACAUUGGAUCUUCACAAACUGGCCCAUACCCACAGGGAACGACUGCUCAAGUUCAAUGCCCUAACGGCCAAAUUCCAACUAAUGGUGCUACUUCAGCUACUUGUAUAAGCUCCCAGUGGCAACCUUCAUCGUUAGGCUCUUGCCUAAGCAGCAAUAUUGGAAUUGCUAGUAUUGGCGUAACGAUACCAACAAGUAUUGGGCAAGGUGGGGGGUUGAAUGAUUUUUAG